UAUUCUAUAUAACUGCCAAUCCCUUCUUCCCACUAACUGUGAGAGAAAGAGAGAGAAAGAAGAAAGAGAGAAAAUGAUGAGGUUAAGGUCAAAGCGGUUCUCCAGAAGCAAUUCUAAGGUUGGCGGCGGCGGCGGUAGAGUAAGCCCCGGCGCAAGCAUCGGCGGCGGAGAAAUCAAAUGGGAACUUAGGCCCGGCGGCAUGCUUGUUCAAAAAAGAGAGAGCCAAGAAAAUUCCGGCGAAGAGACGAUGAUCACCAUUAGAGUGUCAACCGUCUCUAAAUGGCAUGAUAUCUCAAUUCAAGCCACUUCCACAUUUGGAGAAUUGAAGAUUGUAUUAUCAAUAUUGACGAAAUUGGAGCCCCACGAGCAGAGAUUAGUGUUCAAAGGGAAAGAGAGAGAGGAUGAUGAACACUUGCACAUGGUUGGUGUUAGAGAUAAGGACAAAGUGCUAAUGUUAGAAGAUCCGGCUAUCAGAGAGGGCAAGCUACUCGGGUCGGCCCGGGUCAUCGGAGCCCCUUAUCGCACUAUUAGUGUCUAAUUAAGUAACACUAGUGUAUUACUAUUAAUUAAGCCUUAGAUGGUUUUUCUUGUAUUGUUUUCAUGAUCAACUAACCAUAAAACAAGAUAUUAUUUGUUACUAAGUACUACAAUGUAAGUGAUGGGUGUUUGUGUGGGGGGCUUUUGUUUUGUCAAAUAUACCCUUGUCGGCUUGGGCUUUAUUAUAUUGUAAAAUGAUGAAUGUCUAAGUCAUUUUGGAUUAGUUUAUAGGGUAUAUGUUCUACUUCUAUGUACCAGAAAUGAAUCAAUGAUAUUAGUUUCUUUCUCUUUGUUCUGUAAA